AUGCGUAUCUCCGUCAGUGUAAUCCGUCCCGAGACGGAUUCCGACAUCAUCAACCUAGAAGUCGGCGGUGACAUGACAAUCGAGCUCCUAAAAGCCAUUAUCGAGAGUGAAUCCGCCAUCCCACCAGAAGCGCAGCAACUUGUCUAUAACAACCAGCUCCUCCAAUCCCCCUCCCAAACCCUCGACCAAGCAGGCAUCUCCGAAGGCGACAUGCUAGGCGUUCACGUCACCCUCCGCUCACCCCAACGACCAACCCCUCGCCCCGCCCCCAACUCUGCCGCCUCCAGCUCGAUCGCCCCAAGGCAAAAUGCCCGCCCCGGCAUGCCAGACCCAGAAACCAUCCGCCUCCACAUUCUAGGCGAUCCCCGCGUGCGUGAGGCCGUCCGCAGGCAGAAUCCAGAGCUCUCUGAGGCGGCAGAUAACGCCCAGCGCUUCCGCGAGGUCCUGCUUAGGCAGCAGCAGGGUGAGGCGCAGCAGGAGGCUCAGAAGGAGGCUCGUAUCGCCAUGCUAAACGCCGAUCCCUUCAACCCGGAUAAUCAGAAGGAGAUCGAGGAAAUCAUUCGCCAGAAUGCCGUCACCGAGAACCUACACAAUGCCAUGGAGCAUCACCCGGAGUCAUUCGGUCGCGUCACAAUGCUCUACAUCCCCGUCGAAGUCAACGGCCACCGCCUAAACGCGUUCGUCGACUCCGGCGCCCAAGUAACAAUCAUGUCCCCUGAAUGCGCAACAUCAUGCAACAUAAUGCGUCUCGUCGACAGGCGCUACGGCGGCAUCGCCAAGGGAGUCGGUACUGCCCCGAUUCUGGGCCGCGUCCACUCCGCUCAGAUUCGCAUCGGAGAGAUGUUCCUCCCCUGCUCAUUCACUGUGAUGGAAGGAAAGCAAAUCGAUCUCCUCCUCGGUCUGGACAUGCUCCGUCGUCAUCAGGCAUGCAUUGAUCUCAAGCGUGGAGCCCUCGUCAUCCAAGAUCAGGCCGUGCCGUUCCUCGGCGAGAGCGAAAUCCCCAAACACCUCACCGAUGAGUUUGAGGCCGAGCCUACAGUCAAGGGCGCUGACGGGGCUGAGGUCGGAGCUCGAACCGGGGCUGUCACUCACAAGGCGGAGAAUAAUGUCAAUGCAAAUGCGAAUGCUUCGGGGUCUGGGUCUGCGAGCACCACGUCCGCGUCCGCGCCCGGGCCGCCGAAAAUCAAUAUCCGGCCUGCGCCUGCUUUGCGAUGGCCUCAGGAUUCCAUUGCGAAGAUUACGGAGCUUGGCUUCACGCGCGAAGAGGCGAUUCGGGCGCUUGACGCCGCGCACGGUGAUUUGGACGGUGCGAUAGGGUUUCUGAUUUGA